AUGUUUCUUCAAGUGGAUACAACUCAUGACAGAGACCUUCCAGUGUCAAUGAAUGAAAGUCAACUUGUAGUGAACACUUCCUCUCAGUGUUUGGAUCAAUUCAUAAACAUUACAAAUGAAUAUAAUUCUUUCAGUAUGUUGAAUAAUCAACAGUCGACCAGAGUAACAUAUAAUGAUUGUAAUGUAGUUAUUACGACUACAAGUAAUGACAAUAGCAUUACCUCUAUAAUAAGAGAUAAUAAUCACAAUGAUAAUUAUCGGAUAACAUCAUUAUCAUCAUCAUCAUCAUCAUCGUCUAUUGGAAAUUUUACACAAUCGUUUAUCAAUAACAUCCAAUCUACUGCCAAUGAAUCAUUAAAUCAACAGCCUACGCAACAGAUGAAUUUAUCAAAUAAUACAACUGAUCAAUUUAUGAAUUGUACUAAUGUUGUUAUGCAACAAACUGUUGAUUCACAAUACCCUAGAACACAAUUACAUCGUACUGUUAGUAAUACUGAUAGUCAUACAAGUGGUACACGCUCCGAAUAUGAUAAUGUUGAUAAAUCAGGCUAUCAAACUGAAUAUAAUUCUCUCUUAUGUAUACCUGACAACUUGACUUCUACAACGAAUUAUGAUGUUGCUGCUUGUGAUGAACAAGUUCCUUCGCAAUUGUUACCAAUAUCAAAGUUAUUAUCAACACCGACAAGUAAACUACUUACAAGCCAUAUGAGUAGUGUCAGUAGUAGUAAGCCCAAUAAUACUACCAAAUUAUCACGAAUUCCAAUUGCAACAAAUUCACUUAUUCAACAAAAGUACUAUCAUCAAAAACAACAUAGUCUAUUCGAUGCACAAAUUGCAGCUGAAGCUAGACGAAUUAGUAGACAAUUUCGUGUAAUGGGAUGGAUGCCAGUUGCUGGAGGUCAACUGCCGCCAACAGAUACUACUGUCGCCGCCGUAACCACCACCAGUGAACAUUCAGAUGAAAAUAAUAAACAUGAAGAGAAUUUGGCGAUUUCUUUUCAAUUGGAUAAUACCACAAACGGGAUAAAUCUACUCCCAUCCUCCAAGUUACAUCGACCUCAUCUGUUUCUGUUACCGGGGAGUAAUCAAAUAAGUCAUCCAUGUUCACGCCAAACAUCAUUACGUGGUCGAAGUCGAUAUCCUGGUGGUGGUGUUGGUAUAGACAGUGAAACAGUGACUACAGUCACUUCACAGUUAGAUGAUGAAGACGAUGAUGAUGAACGACAACUAGAUCUGAAUGAUGCAGAAUUUGAUAGGAAUAUAACUAAUGAUAAUAAGGAUGAUGAUCACUUUUCUGCAAAAUUAAAACUACUUGAAGGUGAAGAGAUUGCCAAUCGAGUUUCAUGGGAAUAUGAUGUUGAGAAAUGGACUUAUCAAAACUUUGGUGAUCCACAACUUGGUUGUCUUCUUGUUCGUCCACGAUCAUUGAGUGCAACAUGCUUGAAUAUAAUUUCGUCAAUAGAUACUACUCAUGAUUAUAAGAAUAUAAUGAAUAACGAUGAUGAUGAUGAUGAUGAUGAUGAUGAUGAUGAUGAUGAUGAUGAUGAUGAUGAUGACGAUAAAUCGAAGAGUGAAGAAAGGCGGCAGAAUCGAUAUUUGAAUCAAAAUGGUAAUGACGAGGAGGUGGCGGAGGAGACUGAACUCAACUCAAAACUUUACAAAGUUGAAAAUUCUACACAAGAAAAUUUACAUUCAUCAAAUCGUCAACGUUAUGCUUCGUGUAAUAGUGGUAAGUCACCGGUGAACACUGUCAAUGCAUACUGGAGUCCGCGUCUACAACGUCUACAAAAGCGUACUGCUCAUGUGCGUAAUUUAUUACCACCAGAUUUACAUCGAUUCAUUCUACCUGGAUGUAUGAGCUCAUUAAGUCGUUCAUCAUCUCUGGUGACUGCAUCAAGUCAUUAUACCACUCUCUCGGGUAUGCUAUUCUUAUCAUUAUCACGUAGAGCAUCAUAUCGUCGAGUUCGCCAUCAUCACCGAUGUCAACAUCAUGAUCACAAUGAUGUCAAUAAUGCUGAUAUCAACGGGGACUAUUCAUCAAAUCAAUGUAUCAACAUCUUAUCAAAGAUAAGAAUGUCUAAUUCAAUUCGUACACACCAACAAGAAUUUCUAUCGAAAUUAUCAAUAGACAAUCGUAAAUGGGCUAGUGAUCCAGACUUACAAUUUACAUCUAUCUGUCAAACUCUUGAUCAUAUAGUAACAUGA